UUUUCGGUUGGACAUUUGAGACCUAAAGCUUCACAAUGGCCACCAAAGUCCUCCAGUCGUCAGGGGGAAUGCAAAUGACCUCCUCCACCUCCACCACCACCACCAUCACCACCACCAAACUGAAGAAAGUCUCACAAUCCAGCAAGGUGGUGGAAGAGAAAACCGAGCAGCGCAAAUCAUCCAUGACAAUGGAGUCCUUCCACCUGGUCACCAAGUCAUUUGAGAUCCCACCUGGAGAAUGCGUCCCCAUGUUUGACGAGAAGCCCAAGGCCGUCACCGUACCUGAAGGAGAACCCAAAGUGUCCUUCAAAGCUCGAGUGAGUGGCAACCCAACCCCAGCGGUGACCUGGAGCAGAGAAAGUGGGAAGCCCAUAAAGGAGUCAGCCAAGACCUUCUUUGACAGCAGUAACAAGCAGUACGUCCUCAAGCUAAAGGCCAUCACUGCAGACGACGCAGACAACUACAAGUGCACGGCUUCCAAUAACCAUGCAGACGCCAUCUACACCUUCUCCCUUGUCGUCGGAGGAAGUGCCCAGAUGGACUUUAAAAAGAUGCUAAAGAAAAGAAGUGUCCCUGCCCCGAAAACAGAAAAGCGACCGAUCACAGAGGAGGAGAUGUUGAAGAUUCUUUCAGGUGCAGACAAGAAAGACUAUGAGAGGAUCUGUGCAGAACACGGCUUCACCGACUUCCGAGGAAUCUUGAAGAAGCUGAAAGAGAUGAAGAAGAAAGUGGAUGUGGAGAUGGUCAAAGUUCUGAAACCGCUUGAGGAUAUUGAGGCCAAGGUGGACACCACAGUCAUUUUUGACACCAUCCUUGAGCUUAGAGACCCCAACACUAGACUGAUGUGGUUUAAGGAAAAUGAGAUGCUGCGCAUCCAGUACUCCCUGGGCAAAUACGAGAUGAAGCAGAUGGGAACCAAGUUCAUGCUGUACGUUACUGGAGUUACCCUCAGAGACAGUGGCAUCUACAGGCUCGAGGUUGGGGACAAAACCUUGACGGCCAAGCUGAAUGUCAUAGAUGAGCCACUGAAAUUCCUCACUGAGCUCAAGCCACUCCGCGUGACUGAGAGGCAGACGGCCGUCUUUGAGGUGCGCCUCUCCAAGAAGACGGAUCUGCCAGUGCUAUGGAAGGUGAAGGGCAAGGAGCUGAAGAGGGACGAGAAGUUUGAUGUGUCAGUGUCCGAGGACGGCCUCACCUACACGAUGAAGAUCAAGGAUGUGCGCCACAGUGACAUUGGGGACUACUCCCUGUGCAUCGGUGACAUGGUGGCCUCCACACAGCUCUUUAUUGACAGAAUCCCAAUUAAGUUUGUGAGCAACCUGAAGAACACCCGUGUCAAAGAGAAAGGCAAAGCCCGAAUGGAGUGUGAGCUCAGCUCCAAGGACGUGUUCAUCAAGUGGCUGAAGGACGGCAAGGACGUCACCCACAAUCCUCGCUACACCUUCCUGCGCGAGGGCAAGAGAGCCGAGAUUAUCAUCGAGGACUGUGACCUGGCCGACUCGGGAGAGUACGCGAUUGUGGCAAUGCAGGAGAGUGAUGCCCAUGAGUAUGUCAGCUCAGCCAACCUGACUGUAGACGGUAGGCUUUAA